AUGACUGGAAAAAAGAAAAUAUUUACUGGGUUAAAUCUUUGUGGUUUUGAUGUUGCAGCGAUAUUCACUGGUUGUGAUCUUGCUGGUGCUGGUGUCUUAGCCGUAGGUAUUUGGACAUUAAUCGAUAAAAGUCACUAUGUAGCUGUGCUAACUACCAGUACUUAUGAAGUAACAACAUAUCUAUUACUUUUAACUGGUAUAUGUGUUAUGAUAGUUGGAGCACUUGGAUGCUGUGGUGCAGUGCAGGAACAAAAACUAUGCCUCAUUCUGUAUACCAGUCUUUUAUUAAUAGUUCUGGUGAUGGAAGUAGUGGCUGGAAUCCUUGCGUAUGUCUACCACAAUCAGCUUGAAGCGGAGUUACAAGACAACUUGAACAAUACAUUGACUAGCUAUUAUGGGAUGGAUGGAUAUGAAGACAUUACAAUUGCAGUUGAUGAUAUGCAAAGAAAUUUCAAUUGUUGUGGUUCGUCUUGGUAUCUAGACUGGCCGCACAGUAACUGGGCGGUACAAGGUUUAGCGAUCAACAGAAGUACACCGGAUAGUUGCUGUAAAACAGAAAGUAAUUUCUGUGCAGUCAGAGACCACCCAUCAAAUAUUGAACACAUUGGAUGUAUAAAAAGUCUAGAAAUGUAUUUCAAAGACCACCUGGUGAUAUUAGGAGGCGUGGGUAUUGGUAUAGCAUGUCUACAG